AGCAUUAAUUGUUGCAUCGGACCUGGAACCGGAAGUUCGUAUUUUUUUCUAUUUUGGAGAAUAGGCUGUGUUACUUGUGGAAAGAAAUGUUGUUGUUCACUGGCUAGUCAGCGGUGACUACACUUUAAGUAGCCGCUCUUGGGCGGACAUGGAGGGAGAGCAGCAGUGGGAUGUACCGAGCACUGGGUGUGAGGAUGGCGCGGCUGUUACACCUGCUGGGGUUACCUGCUCUCCUAGGGCGCCCGAGAGGGGCCUGGACCCCUUACGAAGGGAUAGUGGGCUUGGCGUGUUUUGGCAGCUAAAACAGCGCUGUUUGGGGAGAGGGAUCUACGUGGAUCCGGCUCGAGAGAACUAUCGUAGCAUGACUAGCUUGUAUGGUUCAAUUAGCCCUGCAGAUUCCAUGAGUCUCACUACCAAGACACAUGGUGCUGUGUUUAAUUUGGAAUAUUCUCCGGAUGGGUCUGUGCUGACAGUGGCUUGUGAACAAACUGAAGUCUUAUUGUUUGAUCCCAUAUCUUCAAAACACAUUAAAACCCUGUCUGAAGCACAUGAAGAUUGUGUAAAUAACAUCAGGUUUCUGGACAAUAGACUGUUUGCAACCUGUUCUGAUGAUACCACAGUGGCACUUUGGGACUUAAGAAAAUUGAACACUAAAGUGUGUACUUUGCAUGGUCACACAAGUUGGGUGAAAAACAUUGAAUAUGACACUAAUACAAGACUGCUGGUGACUUCAGGGUUUGACGGCAAUGUAAUUAUCUGGGAUACAAACAGAUGUACAGAAGAUGGAUGUCCUCACAAGAAGUUUUUCCAUACACGUUUCCUUAUGAGGAUGCGGUUGACACCAGAUUGUUCAAAAAUGCUAAUAUCUACUUCCUCUGGAUAUCUUCUAAUUUUGCAUGAUCUUGAUUUGACUAAAUCUUUAGAAGUCGGCAGCUACCCUAAUUUAAAAGCAAGGCGAACAACUUCUUCAUCAGAUGUGACAGCAUCAUCCAGUUUGUCUACUUCCAGAUCUUCUAACUCUCCAAGACAUCAAAGUGAUUCCAGCCACUUCACUGGAAAGCACUCCUCACAGAAUUCACAAAGAGAUGGAGGAUCUCCUCGAAAUAGUCUAGAGGUUUUGACCCCAGAAGUUCCUGGUGAAAAGGAACGUGGCAACUGUAUUACCUCUCUGCAACUUCAUCCAAAGGGAUGGGCCACACUCUUGCGAUGCUCCAGUAACACAGAUGAUCAAGAGUGGACCUGUGUGUAUGAAUUCCAGGAAGGGACUUCAAUGCGUUUUGCUUCCCCUCGAUGUUCAUUGCACUUGACCCACUAUAUUGAAGAAGCCAAUGUGGGCAGGGGAUAUAUCAAAGAACUCUGUUUCAGCCCUGAUGGACGAAUGAUUUCAUCUCCACAUGGUUAUGGAAUUCGUUUGCUGGGAUUUGACUUGCAGUGUAAUGAACUGGUUGAUUGCCUGCCCAGAGAAGCCAGUUGUCUGCAAGAAAUCCGUUCUCUCUACUCGCACAAUGAUGUGGUACUGACAACAAAGUUUUCACCAACGCACUGCCAGAUUGCUUCAGGGUGCCUUAGUGGACGGGUAUCCUUGUAUCAGCCAAAGUUUUAGGCACCUCAUCACUGAAGUGGAAACACAGACUUGUAUUUGUAUAUCUUUGUUUACAUCUGUAGCAGCUGAGUUUUAUCACAAAUCCUGCCGAGCACACACCAUUCAAAGCUCAAGUUCUACUUUAGGUUACUAUUGACAAACAUAAUCAUUCCACAGUGCGACUGGCCUGAGACAUUUUGCAGGUUAAGUAUGUUGCCUUUUCAUGAAGGAGUCCAUACUCUCUAGCGAACAUACAAUGUACACACCUGGUGCAAAGUUGAAUUAGUUCUUGCCAACUCUCUAUCUGGAAAAACAUCACCACCUCAAGUUUUCAUCACUUGAGAUUAAGUACAGGGAAAUUUGCCUGAGAAUUAACUACAGGGAAGUUUGGCUGUAUAAGUAAAAAAAAAAAAAAAAAAAAAAAUGGCUUGGCUGAUUCUUCCAAUGGCUUGGGCUGUUAAUUGCACACAGCCUCAACAAGCAGUUACAUGUUGUAAGUUGUUAAACUUUGUAUAUGUAGGUCUUUGUACAUAAAUUUUGUGUGCGCGCGUGUGUCAGGUAGGUUUAAACGAUGUUGUUCUUUGCAUAACUUAAAAAUGGAGAAGUGUGAUGCUUGCACUUUUCAUAGUGUAUUGAGACUCUAAAAUGAAUGGUUGCCCCACCAGGUCAGUGUAUAUCUUGUGCUGUCCUGUUUGUAGCUUUGCCACCCAUGUGGAAUGCAUAUUAUGGGUCUCUGCAGGUGAAAUGUAAUGUUGAUCAGCAGUUAAUGCUUGCCAGAUUUCUCUCCAUCUCUCUUUAUAGCUCUCUGUCUAUCAAGGAGAGGCUUGCAACUUAAUGUUUUUCUAGUUUGACUUGUUUAUGGUUUUAUAAUAAACAGCAGUUUUAAUUAAUUGGCAAAACUGGUAACCAAAAUAGAUUCAAGUUUUAGUUUGCCUAAAGUAAAUCCGACCUGAAAUAUUUUCAAGGCCCUGAUUUUAUGUGUAAUGGUUACUGUAGUGCCUAAAGUAGCUAUGAAUAUCUUGUCCUGUAUUAACGGAUGGUUGUUACAGGUCCCCUUAUGUGUUACAUUUAGCUAUCACCUCAGUGUAGCAGAGGCUGAAAAUGUAUCGAUUUAAGACUCUCAGAAGACAUUCAUUUUGUUUAUCUUAACUCUCCUUCUUAAAAGAUGUACAGUUCAUUUCACCUUGCUAACCAUAUUAAAAGCAGGAUCUGCUUUGAGUA